CUGCCGCACGUGUGCGGGUGUUUUGUAUUUAACUUUUAUUUUUUACGAAUUACGCGGUGAAAGGGGAUUAUAAUUUAUAAUUAAAAGCAGAAUGGCUAUUCAACCCAACCGGCGGAAGAGGAAACACGAGGAGGCGGAAGUCGAUCAGCAGGACGAGGGCGAAGUGGUGGUGCCAAAAAAAGUGGCCAAGGAGUCCGACACGCCAAAGAAACAGAAAAACAAGUCAAAAAUUGAUGAAAACAUUGAAAAAAUCACGCCGGAAACAAAUGUCACAGAACCAGCAGACUCCACUCCUUCAAAAAAAAAAUUAAAAAAGACAAAAACUGCUGAACAGAAUGACGAGCAACAGGUGGAAAUGGAGGCAGAGGAAUCUCCCUCCAAAAAUCACAAAAAACGAAAGGAAAAAAAGCAGGAUGAUGAUGAAAUAAGUCCAGACUCAGGGAUUGAGCCGGAAGAGACUAGAAUACGGUUUCCCAACGACUUCAAGAUGAUGCAUUUCCGCACCAAGCUGCGCAGCAAUAAUUUUAUAACAGAACUUCGGCACUUCCUAUUUAUGUGCUCCACCACCCGUCCCAAACUGGCGGCGAAGUACAUUGAAAAGCGCGGAAAACCUUUGGAGCUGGCUGAGGCCUUUGAAAGGAUCGACAAGAGCAAUCUUUUGCACGUGGACUACCUCACUGAGGCACUUCAGCGGGUAGUCAUGGAAAUUCUCACCAAUCAAAAAAACCACAUGGAGUCGGCGACCCAUGGAUGUCGCUAUUUCCUUAAGGUCCACGGCGGAGUGCUCGAGAACCUUUUGCAAUCCUCGCGACCAAGUCAUAGAAGAAAUGCCCUCAAGCUGCUAACGGCAAUCGUGUGCGUGGACCCUCAACUUGGCCGUCAGGUUCUAAACUCCUACGACGUACUCUCCAACGUUACUGUGAUGCAGCAGAUGCUGUCGCAUGCCAAAAACGAUUACCAGAACGAGGACACGGUGCGCAAGGCGUACAUACACUUCGUUCUAGCCUUCCUGGUCGAUGGCAAUACGCUGCUCAUCCGAAACAUCCUAGAUCGAGGCCACCUGAUCGGCGUUCUUGCCAGGGGAUUGGUCUACGAUGACCAUGUCACCGUGUGCGUGGUGCUGAACGCCCUUAGACAAUAUGUGCUGGAAAACCCGGAAAUACAGAAGACCAAAAAGGUGCUGGUGUUCGAUCUGGUGUGCUGCAAGAAUCUGCGCCGACUCUAUGACUGGGAAGGACCGACUGGACUCUCCGCCUUCUUUAGCAAAGAUAAGAGCCUCAAGCCGCCCUCGAAACCACAGGAGGUGGAAGCCGUCUCGGCGGCCGUUCACGAACUCCUUCUGGUCUUGCUCACAUCGAGAAAACACGGUGUGUGUUUCGAUGCAAUGACCCACUACCGUCAGAAGCAGAACAAGCUGCAGGGCAGAUUACUCGGUGCGCUGUUAAAACCCUACGACAACCCCCUUAAAACGGAACUGGUCAUUAAGACACUGACUGCCUGCCCGGACAUAGCUCGCAAUACCGUAAGAAAUUUUUCUAGCCUGCUGAGUCCGGCAAAGAACAAGGCUGAGGACCUGCCCAAGGCUGCGAUUUUCCUAGCCCAGAUCAUCGAUGCCGUACCUCCCAGUGCUUUGUCAAGUGCCUUUAACAAGAUGACGCUCACCGAUUUUGGAUUUUGGAUCAAGCAGCUGUGCCUGCCUAUCGAAGCUUUGAUGCACAUUACAGGCAAAAAGUUUCUUAGCAAUUCCGACUUCAAUUUGAGAUUGGCAAUGCAAAGACUUCUCCUGUCCAUGAUGAAGCAGUAUAGUAAUUAUGUGCAUGCCAUCGCUGUUCGCGAGCAAUCGAAGAAGGCCGGUAACUCGCUGCGCAAAUUCAAGUUCGAUUUACUGAAUCACCUGCUGGUGCACUUUCCCACCAUCGAGUCAAUUUUGUACUCUCUUUUCAUGACCAUUAAGCAGCAGAAGGCAGAGGGAGUCGACGUACUUGAGUUUUUAUCGGUCACCUUAGACUUGGUGCUGCUGAUGUGCAAGGAAAAUCGAGCUUUUGUGAACAGGACAAGUCAGAUUCUGGACUACUUGGACGUAUUACGACCGCUGUACCAGACGGACUUUAAUAAUUUAAAUGAACCGGAAGAGGUUCUGAAGAUUCAGCUGGAGUUGAAGUCUGUUAAGACCAUCCUGCUGCUGUUUCCACGGUCUUUAAACCCACAGGAAAACCUAUUUAGCAAGGUGUUCCAAUCGUUCAUAAAAGCCUACAUGCUGGAGGACUUGACCAUCAAGUCGGAGGCGGGAAACAUUUUAAACCGUCUGUUUCACAAUACCGGACUAUUCGAUUCCUGCAGCCAUGAAAUCAACAUCUGGGUGGAAGCUCUGAUCGGAUUCGAUGCAGAAACGGUGACCAAUGUGGUGGACAUCCUUCUGACGAUUCUCAGCUUGGAUUGGAGGCAAAUUGAGUUGCCGGAGCAAAGCGUGGCGGAAACGGCCAUUAACACCAAGAACCUGAGCAAACUUUUUGCCCAAAUCGAACAGGGUCAAACGGUGCAGGCCUAUGUGGAAACUCUGACGCUGAGCAAGAUGAUGCCUCUGCUGCUAAAGGGCGUGGACUUGGACGCACCUUACGACGACUACGUGGAGCUGGUGUUCAUUCUGCUUUUCCACUAUCACAGCAAGCCGGAGCAAGUGCUGCAGUUGUACGAGGACAACCUGGAGAAGCACAGCGACUACAUGAAGAGCUGGAUACCAGGUGAAGAAAAGGAGAAACCCAAGAAACUUCCAUCUAUAUUAGCCGAUAAGUGGCCUUUGCUGAAGCAAAUGCGCAAAGUUAUAACCGAUGAAGACUCAAAGUCCUUCGAUCAGAUAUUCAAAGUCGAGGAGGCGGAGAAGAAUUUCGAGCUGCAGCUGGGCGAGGGACAGACCAUGUUGUUGCACUCCACUCUCAGCAACCCACGUCGCAACAUGAUCUACGUCCAGGACCUUCUCUUCGUAUUCAGCCAUCUGUUCAACAGUCAGCGAUUGAGUAAACUGCAAGCAGAAACCACGGCGGAUUACCUAAUUAAGUUCCUGCAGAUCGCCAGCCAGGUGGACGGUGGAAGGCAGGAGAUUCAAGAGGAGGAUGAUCAGCAGCAGGAUGAGACUCACAUACAGAGUCUGAUGCACUACAUCUUUAAUAUUCGGCUGUGGCAAUUGCAUCCUACUGAAAUUCUGAGCGAAACCAGCGAAUCUCGCUUGAACUAUGUAAUCUUCUUAAGGAGACUGACCGAAUAUUGUCGCAGUUUGCCUCGAUUCGAAAGCUACACCGCUAACUUCCGGCUGCACUUUAUCAAGACUUUGGAUAUUGCGUUAGAUACGGCUGUAGAUCAUCUUGAUUUUCAACAGCAACUCGCCGAGGUUGUGUCAUUAGUGGAUUCCUUCGAAUUUACCUCAAGUGAAUGCUCGCAGAUGUUUGAUUUGCUUACAAGCAAAAUUCAAGCAAAGGAUUUGAUUCCAAAUGGCAAACCAAACCACUAUUUUGACCUGUUGCUUCGUCUGUUGGGACGAUUGACCGCGCUAAAAGAGCCUAUCGACUGCAGAAAAUCAUUUAAAGUGCUUCUGAGCUUCUACAAGGAUUUCUGCGAGCUGAGCGAACAGCAACUGGAACCAUUGGAGGCGGCCAUCCUGCAGUUCUUGCUCAGCUACCAUCAUCACCUGGCAGAGUGCGAUAACGACUUCUUUGACUGCUUCUUCACAUCAUCUCGAAAGCUGAGCAAAUCCGCAAUUCGAUUGGCAAGUUUGCUGCUUGAACGUCAGCCCAGAUUGGCAGAUAAAUUUGCGGAUCUCCUGCCCAGCAACUUGGAGCAAAAGGAACUGAUUUAUCCCCUCCUGGAUAUCGCUUUGACCAAGAACUACCAACUGCCGCAACCAGUGCUUCAGCGCUGCUAUCAGACGUACAAGAAUGGCUUCAUGAAGAGCAUCGAGAAGCCGCAGAAGGCAGCUUUAAUCUACCGCGAACAUGGCGAGGCCAGUGCCUUGCUCAUUGCUCUUUGCAUGCCCAAGUCCGAGUGCCUGGAUUACUGCCAGAAACAGCUGAAACUCGACUCCGUGGAGCUCUUCCAGGUGCGUGUCCUGCGGGAGAUCUACUGGCAGGCCUUUGCUGCCGCCAAGGAUGAGAAGCAGAUGGCCAACGUCUUUGUCAACUACAUAAACCUCAACGUCCAACUACUGGCACUGGAUUUGAAGAAACAGGCCUUGGAUCUACCCAAGUUGAAGCAAAUAUCCUGGAACUGCUACGAGUGGUGGGAGUUGAGUCAGGGCAAGGAUCUACCCCUUGAAUGGAGUCGUUUGCUGAAGAACCCGCAAUGGCUGAACUUCUGCAAGAGCUGCUUGAAGCUGGCUCUUCAUCUCGGCGAAGAACGACAGCCGCUUCAGGAUCAAACCAAUGGGCUUAUGCUUAAGCUGAUGGCCUUCCUAUGCGAUGGAAUGUAUGAGGAUUACGCAGAGGAAGCUCAGCAGGAGGAGGAUCCCACGCCAGCCCUUUUGUACGAAAUGAUUUGCACCCACUCCUGUUGCUUUGAUCAUCUCCUGGGCGCCCAGAGUGAAACCAAAACACAUCUGUUACAGCUCAUGGAGACGCUGGCCAGAAAGGCACCGAGUGCCCUGCAAGCCGCGCACAUCCCCGUGAUUUUGGGGUCCUACCAUGCGAAACUGUCGCCUGGAGAUCGAUACGGAUUGGCUCUGCUCGAGCACUACGAGCGCUUUGAUGUGGGACUGGAUAAGUUCAGACCCUUCAUUUGGGGUGAAAGUGCCGUCGCCCACUAUGCUUUGAGAGCUUCCGAUGAGGAUGAGCGCGCUAGGUUGCAGCAGCAGGAGACGAACGUGGCCCAGGUGUUGGCCCUGAUUGUUCGGGAGACCAGCGAGUACACCAUUGAGAAUUUCCCCAUUUGGAGGAGUCUGCAUGCCCGUCAGCAACUGCCCGCCGUGGAGUUCCAGAAUCCAGCUAAGAAAUCCCAAAGUUUCGGCGACAACCAGCUGGAGCAAAUGGUGGAAAAGGGGAGGGAGGAUUUCCCCCAGAAUCUUCGGCGCAUUUGCCCGAAGCGAGAGAAGGUGUACGAGACCUGCUACGAUCCCGCUUUCCUCUUACCGCUGAUGAUGCACUGCUUCGCACCGGAAUCGGUUGUCUGGUCCCGCUGGCCAGUGCAGAACGGGCUGCUGGCGGUAACCUUCUGCGGGCUGUCCUCGCUGGACAAGGAUAUGCGCUUGGCGGCGGCCAGUUGUCAGCAACGCUACCGCGCCCACUUUGAGCUCUCCAAGUUCUACGAGCGUCCGUUGUGGACGCAGGCCUACGACAACAUCCAGGCGGGACUGGGCGAUCUGAGAAACUCGUGGCUGGCGCAGAGGAGAACGCACGGAGGAACUCCUAGGGUGCCCCUAAUCCCGGCCCUGUUCAUCGCCCACAGCUUCAAUCUGAGCACGGAUCCAACGCAUCUGCUGUACAAGCGGCUCAUGAUGUACCUGCGGCUGAAGCAGAGCUUCAACUUCGAGACGAUACCCGACUUCAAUGUGUUCUUCUACUCCCAGGAGCCGGAGCACCAGCAGUACCGCGAGUUCAUCGUGGAGCUGCUGCGGUGCGGCAUCAAGUGCAGCGCCGAUCUCUUCCUGCUGGUGUCCACCAACACGUUCAAGGUGCUGCUGGGAUUCUAUGGAUCCAGUUUGGCCACUUUGGAGACCAAUCUCCUGCUUUUGUCGGUGCUCUCGACCUGCGUGAAGAUCCCCGGAGCCGUCAAGAUCAUGCUGGAGCACGUGGGCAUCCUCUCCUGGCUGGUGGGCGUCAUUCGCGACACGGAGUUCCACCAGUUCGACAUCAUCGAGGGCGUCAUCAGCAUCAUCAACAAUCUGUGGUACGCCCUGGCCGCCUCCCGCUCGGAACUGCCGGACUACGACCACAUCCAGUUGCGAGUGCAUCGUUUGGUGCUGCAGCUGCUGCCGCUGCUCUCGCCAAGGAUCUCCGUGCCUGGCCUGGGUCGCCUGCUCAACGUUCUGUGGAAGACGGCAUCGGCCAGUGGACAGCAUCGAGCUCUGUCCGCCGCCCAACUGGACGUCCUGCUCGAGUGCAUCUCGCGGCAAUGGCCGGACCAAGUGGCGGGAGUGCGGUACGUGAAGAGCUUCGGCGGAUCUGGUGCCUGUUCGCGAUCCGAGUACUGCGACUGGCUUUCCGCGGAUCAACAGCUCGAGCUUCCUGCCGUGCUCGCCUUGUCCAGUCUGCGGGAGUACGUCAUAGACUGGUGGCAGGCCCACCAAACGGAGCUUAAGGAGGAGACAAAGCAGCUGGUCGAGUCAACUGAGUAGGAAUCCCUUGAAUUGUUUUGCCCUAGGUUAAGCUAUUGAAAUGUGUUUAGUGUGUAGGCCUACGAGUCUUCGAUUUAUUAAAAGCCUAUUGGAAUUGUAAA